UAUUCCCUCGACGGUCGCAACCGAAAGACCCUUUACCGGGUGAUUUUUGUUGUGGAUUACACCUUUCCCCGUCCUUCAGCAGGAAAAUGUACUACAAGUUCAGCGGUUUUACCCAGAAACUAACGGGGUCUACUGUCCCGGCCGCCUACAGCCCUCAGGGGCUGAGGGCAGGUGUGCCAGCAGAGUCCCCAGCCAUGAUCUUCGGCACACCCACCAAGUUGGUGUCAGAGGGCGGGAGCAUGGUGGAGUACAUUGGAGCAAACCGGGUUCCUGACCUCCAGAAGAUUUACCAGAUUUCAGACGGUAUCCCUAUUCAUUUGAAACGUGGCAUCCCUGACAGGCUACUGUACCGCACCACCAUGGCUCUCACUGUAGGAGGCGCUCUGUACUGCAUGGUCGCGCUUUACUUCGCAGCCCAGCCCAACAAUAAGUAAACAACACAGAACCAGGACCUUUCCUUAACACCUCUGACACGUCGCUGCUGCAGUUCAUCGACCCAACAUUCCCAGUCUCCAUCUGACCUCGCCAUGCCACCUCUUGGGACUAAUCGCUAUCGGAACAUAACAAUAAUUAUAUCUGUCUUCUUUGUAAAACCCAUGUCUAAGUUAAUAAAUUUUAAAGGGAAACAAAGGUAAAACAUGAUUAUUUUUCCUAUUUGUCUUUAACAUUAUAUCUUCUGUUAUAAGUAAAUAGCACUCACUGUAUCAGAUUAGUUGCCAGAUGCACAGACAUCAUGUAUGAAUCUGUAUCGGGUAAAGAGUUUCUUACAAAUGCCAAAAUAGAAACGGAGACGUAAAGAUAUUUCUAUGCUCACAGCUUUCAACAGGCAUGUGGUAGUGCAGUGAUGAGUGAGAGUGUGUGUGUGUGUGUGUGUGUGUGUGUGUGUGUGUGUGUGUGUGUGUGUGUGUGUGUGUGUGUGUGUGUGUGUGUGUGUGUGUGUGUGUGUGUGUGUGUGUGUGUGUGUGUGUGUGUGUGUGUGUGUGUGUGUGUGUGAGGGAGAGCUAGCAUGAUGGAAACACCUCGUCUGGAACAUGGCUGCUGCUCAUUUGGCUUGAGUACUGUCUCAUUCAGUAUUUAUAUGUGGGCUCUAGUGUGGUGUCAGAGGGAGGCUGUUUCAGACAGACAUGUUGGCAGCCCCACAUCAAGCUGCUGAAACAUUGAUGUAAUCUCAGUCUCUGCAUUUGCAUGUGUAUGUUCUUUUUUUUUUUUAUCAAUGUUUUCAGGCAAAACGUCACUUUACAUAAGCAAUAUAAUUCUUGUGCAGGAACUGGGUCUUUCAAUAAAAUGUGUUACAACUUAA